UUUCUCCCAGAUCAGCCUCUCAGCUAAUUAUUACGGAGAUGUUUGACCACAUAAAGGCCUUUCAGAGAAAACUGCAGCUACUGUGUCGACAUCUGUCAGCAGGAAACCUGGCUCACUUCCCCAGUCUGAGAGAGGUAAACCUGGUACAACAGAAACUGUCUGAAUAUGCAACACUUGUCAGCAACCUAGACCUGGAGUUUGAAAUGCGCUUUCAGGACUUCAGGAAGAAUUCAGGUGACAUGGAGCUGUUUUCCCAACCCUUCAGCACAAGUGUGGACUGUGUCCCUGAUCACAUUCAGAUGGAGCUGAUUAAGUUUCAGUGCGAUUCAGAGCUGAGGAAUAAAUUCAUGUCACUGGACUUCUACACACAUGUCUCACCAGAACGGUACCCAAACAUUAGGAAGCAUGCACAGGUGAUGUUAUCUCUGUUUGGCAGCACCUACAUUUGUGAACAGACUUUCAGUGUAAUGAACCUUAACAAAACCAAAGCCAAAGACCAGCUUCAUGUGUCUCACUAAUAGUGUC